AUGCAAUCAAGCAGUUUCGAGCGUGAAGUCGGCAGAAAGGGCGGUCUUGCAGCCUACGAAAACAGAGUUGGAGCUCAUGCCCGCAGCCUUGCUCAAAUGCAGGCGGAUGGCAGAAAGGGCCGUCAUGUACCCAAAUCAAGAGUCCAGCGACAAAUCCCAGGAGGAGAGGCAUACUAUGUGGACCUUCCCAGUCCCAAGGACAGACAUGUUCCCAAAAACCAAAUCAAGUUCCAAGAGAUGUAUGCAAAGAUCGACUUAUUGGAUGCAAACUCUUUAGAAGAACGCAUACACAAGUGCUGCAAAACUAGCCAAGAAUCGCGAUUUGGUUCUGAUUUACAUGUACAUAGCACUGACUGCGAAAGUAUGGGAAACAAGCAGGAGGUACCAGUAUCAGAAGCAGUCUUCAUUGCAGCAGCAACAGAGGCCAUUUCUGUUGUGGAAGAUGGAGUAGCCGGAAACUUCUGGAAUGAGGAUGUAAAGACAUAUUUGACUAAAUAA